AUGGAGGAUAUCCCUCCGAUUAAGAAGCAACAUCUUCAAUCCAACACGCCAUUGCCGCCGGUGUUCAUUCCCAACGAACUCAUCUCCCUAAUCCUAUGUUUCCUCAGCGUGAAAACCAUCAUGCAAUUCAGGCCACGCUUAGUGACACACAUUAAGUACUGGUUCUAUGUUUGGAACCCUGCAACAAGGACAAUAUCUGAUAAAUUUGGGUUUCUUCGUGACUAUAGGGAUAGCACUUUUGUAUUCAGUGUUGGUUGUGAUUAUUUAACCGGAACUUACAAGGUAGUGGCACUUCAUAUAGGUAAAAAUAAAGAAAAAGAGAUCGAGAACAAAAGUUUAUGGAGAAGCAAGGUUAAAGUUUUCAAUUCGGGUGAUAAUUGUUGGAGAAAUAUUCGAAGUUUCCCUUUCGUUCCUAUUUUGGGAAAUGAUGGUGUUCAUUUUAGUGGAACUAUUAACUGGUUAGCUAUUCACAGUGACUACGCACCAAUUGAGGUUGGAGGAACAUUUAAAACUCUUAUUGGUCCUGUUGAGAAAUGUGUGAUUGUUUCGCUUGAUCUUUUGACAGAGACAUACACACAAUUUUUGCUUCCUACGGGUUUUAAGGAGCUGCCUUAUGAUAAGCCAUCAGUUCGAGUUCUGAUGGACUGCCUUUGUUUUUCGCACGAUUUUAAGGGAACUGAAUUUGUUAUAUGGAUGAUGAAGGAGUUUGGAGUUCAAGAGUCUUGGACUCAGUUAUUUAGAAUUGAAUACGUUAAUCUUCAAAUACAUACUAUGAAUGGAGAUACAUUGCUGCCAUUGUACUUUUCGAAGAAUGGAGAUACAUUGAUAUUUACAACUGAAAUAACCAACAAAGUAUUUAUCUAUAAUCGGAGAGAUAAGACAGUAGAGAUAACAAUAUUUGACAACAGAAUACGUUGGACAUCGGCCAUUGAAUACGUUGAAAGCUUAGUUCCAACUCCUUGGAAGUAA